ACAUUUUGUGAACAUUUCCCCUAAUCAAUUUCUCACCCACACAAACACGAGAAGUUGUUCUUCUUUUGGAGCACAAAUGGCUUCUUUUCUGUGUAACCAAUCUAUGUUAGUUUCGUGUCCAUGUUCUUCUUCCUUCUCUUCAAAUCCCUUUCCUAAAUCUAAAACCGUAUCUUACUCUCCUCACCUUCCUCGCUCUAACAACUUAACUAGAACCACCAACCCUACCCUUCUUCAUCGAAGUCGAAGGCCCCUCCUCAAAUCUUAUCUCGCUUCGCCAGAUUCCUUUCCAACUAUAAGUGAUGAAACGGAGGAUAGUCCGAAUGACAGAAGAGUGACAGAAGAUGAUGGAGAUAUACAAUCUUUACCGAGUUUAGCAGCCCUCAUUGAGGCAUACAAGGAAGCCAUUCUCAAUAGAGAUGAAAAAGCUAUUUCUUGGAUUGAAGUGAGAAUAAAGUUGAUUGAAACUAAAAAAACUGAAUUGAUUAAAGAAUUGUCAACUCUAUCAGCAGAAAAAGUUGCUUCUAAGGAGAAAUGUCUACGGCUACAAGCAGAUUUUGAUAAUUUUAGGAAAAAAUAUGACAAAGAAAAACUAGUUAUCCAGAAUGAUGCCCAAGAAGAAGUCAUUGAAAAACUUCUGUUGAUGGUGGACAAUUUUGAGAGAACCAAACAACAAAAUAUAGCGGAAACAGAGAAAGAGAAAAAGAUCGAUGCAAGCUAUCAAGGUAUUUACAAGCAAUUUGUAGAAGUUAUGAGGAGCCUAAAUGUUUCUGUGGUACCAACAGUUGGUAAACCAUUUAAUCCAUUGCUACAUGAAGCUGUUGCACGCGAGGAGUCCCAAGAGUUCAAGGAAGGGAUUAUAAUUAAAGAAACCCGGCGCGGUUUCUUUCUCGGAGACCGGGUUCUAAGACCAGCACUUGUCAAGGUUUCCUCAGGGCCUGGAAAUAAAAAAUCUAUGGUAGCUUCUGACAAAUCCUUGGAGCAGCCUUCAGCAGCUGCUGGAGUAGAUGAAAGAUAGCCUCUUUAAGAGGUUCUGCUCAUUACUGGUUAUCUUGUCAAUGUUCAACUCAAAAUGCAUCUAAAUUUCAUUAUUUGGGAAAAUUUUUCCCAGGUGAGUGUAAUUGUAAACCCUUGUAGUAUGGACUUUCCCAAGUUUUUAACAUGUGUCCUACUGCUCUGCAAUUUUUGUUUCAUAAUGGAAAAAUGAAUACAUUCGAGUAGGGGAAAAAUGGUGCUCUUGCACAAUCUAUUUUAAAUUUUUUACCUAGAGCUAGAAAUGGUUCUUCUUGCAACAUUUUCUUCUGGGUUCAACUUCUUUGUACACUUUUGUUUGAACAAUUAAAAGAUCAUGAGAAUUGUUGCCUACUGCCAAUUAAAUCAA